AGCUCUUCUAAAUCACAAAAAAUGUUAGCUCAAGACAGCCAACGAUAGUUCCAAGCUUUCAUCCCAUAUUUUCCGACAUCCAACGACCAACGCCGCUUCUGUUCAGCCUCAGGCGGCGUUCAUCGCUUCCAGCCAGUCAAGGGAGCCGCUUUCCCGCCAGAUCGCCGCGCCAGUGACUCAGUCUGCUGUCACCGUCGGCCGUUCACUGCUUUCACAGCCAGUCAGCCGCUGCCGCCGUUGCUCACACCCCGAUCAUCGCAGCCAUCGGCAUUUCAGAUCUCGACAACAAGUCCAGCAACGACAACAAGGAUGGAAUUAUUGAGGAACAAGAAGUUUUGAAAUGUGGGAUUUCGGUGCUAUAUUCUGCUUAAGAUGGAAAAGUUGUUUUGAAUGAUUUGGUUUUUGAGAAGUCAAGAUUGAAUCUCAAAUGGACAUAUCAAAUCGUAAACAUUUGAGAUUCUUGGGACUCCAAUUCAAUUCUCUGGCAUGCAAAUGUGUAGCUCUGGUUGUGAUUGCUUUGGUCCUCAGAUCUGUUUUGCUACCCAGAUUAUAUGAAUUUGGCAGGCUCUUUGAGCAGAGCAAGUUUUUAGUUGCCCCUAACGUCUCUCUUGCAUCAGAUUCUGAGUCUUCGAUGGAAAAAUCGAAAUUUUUGGAGGUUCCACAGAUCAUAUGGGGAUUGAACAAUCAAAAAAUUGCUUUUGCAAGAGCUUGUUUGACUGCAAGAAUGCUGAAAAGGAAACUGUUGAUGCCGAGCUUGAGUGCUUCACUUUUCUACAAAGAAGUUGACCUCUUGCAGCCUAUCUCAUUUGAUAAGGUCUUUGAAUUCGGAAGCUUUAAUUCGCGCUGUUCUGAGUUUGUCCAAUUGGGGCAAUAUUCGGAGAUUUCUAACCAAAGUGAUGUAGUCGAGCUUCAAAAGGGACUUGGGAGGAGGUGGACAGUGGAGAAAGAUUUCGAGCAAUUACUUGAGUUUACCAAGCAACCAUAUGAUCAGUAUGAAAUUGUCAAGGUAGUUGGAAAGAACCCGUUUUUGUGGCAUGAUCACUGGCCAGCUAAGGACUACGCAAGGGUCUUCGAAUGCUUAGUUUUUGUAGAACAGAUAUCAAAAGAAGCCGAUAAAGUUGUUUCUAAGAUCAGAGAUGUUGGCCGAGAGGCAAGGCAACAGACGGGGUUGUCUCAGCCCGUGCCUUAUGUAGCCGUUCACAUGAGAAUAGAGAAAGAUUGGAUGAUUCACUGUAAGAAGCUGGAGCAGAGAUUAAAUAUCAGCGAAAUUUGCAGCAGUAAGGAAGAGAUCAUGGAUAGAGUCCGUAACAUUAUAGGCCUCAAAACCCCAAUGGUCAUUUAUCUCGCGGUUGCUGAUAGUCUUCUCGAAGACAAUUCUAUUUUGAAUGGCUGGAACGAAGGUUUGCUUCCGUGUGAAAAGAAAAAAUUGGGCGUUGUUGAGAUUUACAAGAACCAUCCGUACCUUAUUCAAUCAGCUAUCGACUAUUUGGUCUGCCUAAGGUCUGAUAUCUUUGUGGGAAACAGUUUCUCAACGUUUUCUAGCCUCGUGGUUCUUGACAGAACUCAAAAAAUGAUCGAAACGGGUGAUGCAAACAUGUGUGGCGUGGACGCACAUUGGCCAUCGUUUGCUUAUAAUUUAGCCGGGGAGUCUAAUGGGCCUCGUGCAUGGGUGACAAAUCUGUCGGAUUCAAGCUUGCAGUCGAUUAGCUAUGGCUCUAAUCAUAUCUCCUGCUCACUAACUUCCAGGUUAUAGUUUCAUGGAUAUAGUGGUAUUAACAGUUCUGUUAGAUAACACUUGGUCUCUGGAAAUUAUGUGUAAAGAAUAUAUACAAAAUUUGAAAUAGCAUUUUGAUUGGGGUAGUUUCUAUGUGAAACUGUAUACAAUCUGUUUCCUUUUGUAGUUGGCUAUUCCACAUUGCUCUUAUU